AAAACUGAUUUAAGUAAGUGGAGAAACCGGACCAAAGUAUAACCUAACAAAGUGCUACAUUAAACUGGUGAUUUGAACUGCAACAUUCCAGAGUUAGAAAUAAUAUGCAGGGCUAGAGAAAUGCAGAAGUCAACAGCAAACUACAUGAAACAAUCGUUAUCAUUACACUUUAGUCGAAGCUGGAAUCUUGUGUGGAAAACUCCACCAAGACAGAAUUAUGACUUAAGUUCAAUUAGUCAGCAGCUGUCAGAUUGUCUGUCAAUGUACAACUAUGCGAAAAAAAGUGAAAAUUGAAUUUGGUAAAAUACUACCCAGGACUAAACCUUCAAGAUCUCAGGAAACCGAAACACUCAGCGAACCAGCGAGUGGUGAUGAAGAAAAACCUGCAAAACUAGUGGCAGUGAAAUGUGGUAGACCCGAAUUCGAUGUAACUUUCCGCACCAUCAAACUAUUGACCGCCAUGAGCCUCUCUCUGAUUAUUUUAUGUAUCUUGUUCUCUCUGAAACUCUUCGCCUCUUCGAUUGGAAUCAGAAAACACCUCGGGCAAUACAUAAACAUGGUGUCCGAAGGAGAUGGAUCGAAGUUGCCUGUACUCCAAGCUAUACCAGUGCUGUGUUUCUUUCUGGUGGACGUGGCAUUCGUUUUUUUCAUCUUUAAAAUAUUCGAUCGGAAGAAGCAGAAUAAAUUCAAUUGGUUUUUGUAUAUUUUGCUCAUGAUGUCCGUGGCUUUGAUAUGCAUAACGUUUAUUUUACUAAUAGUCGUUCUCAGCCACGUAUAUUCAGAGAAUGAAGGUCUGCACAAUGGGAUAGUCGAAGCGAUGAAUAAUUACUCUGGCAAUUCUUUAUACAAGAAAAGAAUCGACAGGUUGCAGAUUGAAUUCCAAUGCUGUGGAAGCAAGAAAUACGACGAGUGGUACAACAUAAAAUGGUACGAUACCAGCUUGGUGAAAAAAGCAGCAACAGACAACACCCAAGGAAACACUCCCUUCAGCUGUUGUUCGAUAUCUUCGAUCUUCCCCUGCAUCCACCACAAUAUCGAAACCACCGGCAAAGCAUAUCUGUACACCCCCGAGCAAAACCUCAGUAUUUCUACCAAAGGCUGUUACGAUGGACUCAGAAAGAAAACGAAAGAAGUGGGAUGGGGUAUAGUUGGAAACUUGGUAUUGUUCAUCAUUCUGCAAGUUGCUUUGGUGAUUUGUUUGCGGUUUUUGCAAACGGCACAUUAUGCAAAGAAUAGGUUCGAGGGUCACAGCAGGCUAUAUACCGUGUGGCUCUUCGGAUGUGCAUCAGCCGGGAAAAAUUUGACAGUCGUGCCUCCUGAACCUCCACCGGUUCCCGAAGAACUGAUGAGCUAAAAAUAUCCAUAUAUUUCAAUGUUCCUGUAUUGAGUAUUGAUUAUAGCGGUUUUUGAAAAACAA